CUUCUUUUCUUUUAUGGAAUUUACUCAAAAUAAAAAUAACAAGAUCCAAGGAUUUGUCUUCUCUUCAACAUGUCCUCAGUUCAGAGUUGAGAGGGAGAGGACCCAGAGAAAGAGAAAGCGAGGGAGAGAGAGAGAGUUUGUCAAAGAAAACCUUCUUUCUCUCUCGAACCUGAAUCUGAAAAUGGCCGAUGAACCUUCUCUGACUCGCUGGUCUUUUCAGGAUUUUAAGUUAUUUUAUGAUAUCAAGCUUGGGAGGAAGAAGGCUUCUACUGUAAGAGGUGAGGCAGAAAAUAGUACCCCACUCUCUAAUGGAAAUUCUUCAGUUGUGACUUCAAAUGUAAAUGGCCAUGUAAAGAAUACCAAUGACUUGUCCAUAUAUGAACAAUACAAUCAGGACCAAGGGAGUUCCACACACUGUAAUGGCGUUUCAUCUGCCCGAAUUGAGAAAACAAUACAGAGGUCUCUGCUUCCUCCCUUUGAGUCUGCAGAAAUGCGUGCUUUAGCAGAAAGUUUGAGUAGGGAUAUUGUUCGCGGUUGUCCAGAUGUGAAGUGGGAAAGCAUAAAAGGAUUGGAGAAUGCUAAACGCCUGCUUAAAGAAGCCGUUGUUAUGCCAAUAAAAUAUCCCAAGUACUUUACCGGUCUUCUCUCACCAUGGAAAGGUAUUCUUCUUUUUGGCCCUCCAGGAACAGGAAAGACCAUGCUUGCUAAGGCUGUUGCAACUGAAUGCAAUACAACAUUUUUCAAUAUCUCAGCAUCAUCUGUCGUUAGCAAAUGGCGUGGUGAUUCUGAGAAACUGAUAAAAGUGUUAUUUGAGCUUGCAAGACACAAUGCCCCAUCAACCAUAUUUCUUGAUGAAAUCGAUGCUAUUAUUAGUCAACGCGGUGAAGCACGAAGUGAGCAUGAGGCAAGCAGGCGCUUGAAAACUGAGUUGCUCAUACAGAUGGAUGGCUUGACGCGAAGUGAUGCACUGGUUUUUGUUUUGGCGGCCACCAACCUUCCUUGGGAGCUAGAUGCUGCUAUGCUUCGACGUCUAGAGAAGCGGAUUUUAGUACCCCUACCAGAGCCUGAAGCUAGGAAAGCCAUGUUUGAGGAAUUACUGCCAUCAGCAUCUGAUGGACAUAUUCUGCCAUAUGACUUAUUGGUGGAAAAGACAGAAGGCUAUUCCGGUUCUGAUAUACGUUUGUUAUGCAAGGAAGCAGCUAUGCAGCCAUUGAGAAGGUUAAUGGCAUCACUUGAAGACAAGCAAGAGGUGUUGCCUGAGGAAGAGUUGCCAAAAGUGGGACCGAUCACAGAAGGCGAUAUUAAGGUAGCCUUGAAGAACACGCGACCUUCUGCUCAUCUCCACGCCCAUCGUUAUGAUAAGUUCAACGAUGAUUAUGGCAGCCAAGUACUCCAGUAGAAAGCAUUCAACUCUCUUGUACUUUGACUUCAAUUUGUUUGUGUGUAAUUUUAUCAUUACUUGAAUGUAUGACAUCUAGUCUAAAAAAAGGCAUUCAACUCUCUUGUACUGGGGUGUUGUUGUUGUUGCUGUUGUUGUUGUGACAUCUAGUGUAAAGAAAUAUUGUUGUACUAG